UGUACGGAAAGCAAGGAAAAAAAAAUCAAAAAAUCAAAACCUCAACCAAGAUGGACGUAUUUUUCGUGAAAUAAAAUAACAUUUUGAGAGUCUUGAUUUAGGAGUUAGGUCUUCAAAAUGUACAAUGGGAUUGGUUUAACAACGCCAAGGGGCUCCGGGACGAAUGGUUAUGUGCAAAGGAACUGGGCUUCUGUUCGAAAAACCAAAGAUUCUGUGAACUAUAGAACUGAAGAUGAGAUCGCGAAAUUAGAUUCCGCGUCAAAUAAACAACCCAACCAGGAUAUUCUCGAUCACGAAAGAAAGAGGAAGAUCGAAGUGAAAUGUGCAGAGUUAGAGGAUACACUGGAAGAGCAAGGGUUGCCGAAGGAGGAGAUAGCUGCCCGCGUUGCGGCGUUCAGAGCGAAGCUGUCAGAAACAGGCGGUGCUGACAAGGAUGUGCCCAGAGACGAGUUCGGGAGAGUGGCUGUGCGCGAAACACAUGCGGUGGCGGAGGCUCAACAAGAGAAAAAUGCGCGGCUCAGGGACGCUUUCGGAAUAUCGCCGCGGUUCGUGGAGGGGACGAGCCUGGACCCAGAGAGGAGGGCGCGUGACGAAGCUCAGAAGUAUCCUCUAGUGAGGACACCCAGCCAUGAGAGGGACUCUUCUGUUCGCGACACGCACGUCAGCAAGAAGAAAAAGAAGCGAAGUACAUCACCAGAAGCCAAAAAAUCUAAGAAGAAAAAGUCAAAGAAGAAUAAGAAAGACAAACAGGUGAAGCUAGAAUUAACUAAAAGUCAAAGAAAAAUGUUGUGGAGAUUUAUUCGUAGACAAGACAAGAAAAAGAAGAAACGCUCCAAGUCGCCAAACGAGAGCUCCAGCAGUUCAGAAGGUGACAGCGCUUCCAGCUCCGAAGAGGAACGCCAGAAGAAAAAGAAGAAAAAGUCGGGAAGCAGGCGCCGGGCAAGCAGUGUACCAUCUAGCCGGGAGAGUUCUCCAGUAAAGCAGACUAAAGAAAAACAAAGGGAUCGUCCAAGCGAAUCCAGUGAUAUACGUAAAAAAAAUUGGGAACGUCCUAGUGAGCCGCAAGAUAAUGACAGCCGAAAAAAGAAUUGGGAAAAUGAAGAGCGCAAUAGUUGGUAUGAGGAUAACCAAAGAAAUUCAAGACCAAACUAUUCCAAUAGACGGCGCGACGAACGAAGUCAGUCAGCUGAGCCACGUAGAUCGGUUGAUCGACGUAGAUCAGUCGAUCGACGCAGAUCGCCUGAGAAACGGCGAUCUACUGAACGAAGGCCAUCUCCAGACACAAGGCGCAGAGAUGAACGAAAGCCAUCACCGGACACAUGGCGCAGAGAUGAACGCAGGCCAUCACCGGACACAUGGCGCAGAGAUGAACGCAGGCCAUCACCGGACACAAGGCGCAGAGAUGAACGUAGGUCACCAGAUUAUAGGCAAAAAUAUUACGGAAGCAAAGCAGAUAAAAACAGAGAGGAUUAUGAAAAAUCAAGGGAUUCUAGGCAGUCGAAACGUGAGCGGGAAAGAUCACCGUCUCGUUCCGAAUCCGAGGAACCAACGUCCAAGAAAUAUGAAAAUAGAGACAGGAGACCUCAACGACAAUCAAGUGACUCGCCACCUCCAGAAAAAAGACGACGCAGAAGUCCUUCGCCUGAAAAUAACAGGAAAGACGUUUAUAACAAUAAAAAAGAAAAGUCAAAAGAAGAGGUUAAACAGCGAAACGACAAAAAGCGACAAGAAAGAAGCGAGUCGCCUGAGUAUAGAGGUAGUCGUCAGGAAGAAUUUCGAAAAAAUGAAGACGACAAAGGACGCAGAAAUGACAAUGACAGACACUACAAGGACAAUCGCGAUGAACCCAAACGAAAUAAGAAUAGAAGUAUUUCAAGAGAUAGACCGGAAGCAUCUCAAGCAUAUCAGGAACUUGCGCCUGAAAUCAAAUCAAAUAAGAAGCAAUCACGGAAGGCACCUGAGAGAUAUUACAAAACCGCUAGAGCCGAGCGCUCUUCGUCUUCUGACUCUGAAAAUGAAGCACCGCCAAAGUCAAAAGUAACUAAAACCACACGAAAACAGAAAAGUGAAUCUCCCCCGAAAGAGAAACGACGGCGCAGUUCAUCUAUAGAAUACACAAAAAAUAAAUCUCCGGAUCGAAAAGCAAAUGAAAAGAAACCAGAUAUGUAUAAAAGUAGUUCAAAAUCAUCAGAACAGAAACGUGAUGACAGUAAGCAAAGAAAAAAGUCACCCACACCAGUGGAAAAGACUCGAAAAAAAAUUUUACGGAGUAGAUCGAAGUCUUCUUCACCCGAGCGUCGACACUCGAAGAAGGGGAAGCGAAAAAGCAGCACACCAAACAGAAAAGCUAAAAAGAGUUUGUCGCCCAACCCAGACCAAAGAAUAGAUAAUGAGAGGAAUGAUCACAAGGAAUCUCACAAAGAAAGGUCUAGGUCGCGGUCAAAUCACAGGAGCCGUAGCACAUCGAGCCUAAGCUACUCACCGGCGCGUCGCAGUCCGGAGAGAUAUCGCGACAUUAUUGAAAAAUUGCCAGAAAAAGAUAAGAGGAAAUAUAUUAAAUCGCCAUCUGACCUUCAGCCAAAGAAAAAGAAACGUAAAGACUCCGCCGAGAAAUAUAAUAAACCAAAAGCCGCAUGUAUGCGCAGUUCAUCCAGCGAAAAUGAAGAUUCGGAAGACGACUUUCUGAGCCUCGACGAAAGAGCCCGACAAGAGGAGAUGGAUAACAAAGAGUUGAACAGACUUAAAGAGAAAUUAGCUUUAAUGGCGAAAGCUUCGAUGGAGCGGAAGCGGAUCGAGGAGAAUUCGGACGGUGCUUCGACUUCGCAGGCCGUCCAGGAAAAAGUCCCUGAGGAAAAAGAAAAAGCUUUGGAAAAAGGAAGUUUCAAAUUAGUUGACAAGUUGACCCCUAAAGUUAUCAAUAAAACUCCGAUUAAAGUUGAUAGUCCAAAAAAGGAAGCACCAGUGAAUGUAGAAAGUUCCCCGGAAGUAAAGAAGAAACACGAUAGAAGCACGUCCCGACGCAGCUGGUCACGGUCGUCGUCCCGCUCGCGUUCAAGAUCCCGAUCCCGGUCCCGCUCCAGAUCAAGAUCUUCCCGGUCGAGAUCGCGUUCAUACUCUUCUUCAAGGCGGUCCCGAUCAAGUAGAUCCAGUUCGUAUAGCAGCAGAAGUUCUCGAUCAUCAAGUUCAUCGCGUUCUUCUCGUUCUUCAAGAACAAUGACGGGCGUGUACGCCGAUUACCGUAGAUCGAGCGACCGCGGCUCCGCGCGCUCUCGAUCGCCAUCGAUCCCGCGCCGCGCCGGUUCGCCCAGCUUCUUGGACCGGCGACGGAUCACGAGAUAAAAAAUACACGAAAUUGUAGCGCACGAGUACUGAAGACACAAUUAGUUGCUCGGAUUAGUGAAGUGCUAGUUCAUAAUUAUCAUUAAGUUACUUAUUUUAUAAAUCUGUAUAUUUUUACAUACCCCAAUUAGUUAAAUUUUAUGUUCGCCGUUUCUGUCUCUAAUCCAUAAUUUCUAUGGAUUUAAAACCACUUCAUACAUACAACUUGUCCUGUUGUAAAUAAUUUAGGGAAAUGUAUUCGAUAUUUUGUUACUCAAUUCAAGCAUUUUUUUUUUUUUAACAAUAGGUUCCAUGGAAUUAUUUACUUUGGACUACAUAUUAUUCGGGCAUGUAAAUAUUAAAGUAAACCCAUGCCACGCAUACAUUAAUAUUUUUCUUUCCAAAAUGACUUAACAUAAAUGUUUGUUCUAACAUUUUUUUUGUUUUGAUACUUACUAACAAGGUUUUUAACAUAUUAUAUA